GUGAAAUUUCUUCCCAGGAAACGGCCGGUGAUUGUACUGAUUCGUCAACCAUCGAUAUAUCCGGAAAUUAUCGUGCAAAUUUUAAUCAGUGCUGAUAAGAACUGUCGUCAACGUGUCUAGUCGUUCGGACAUUCCCGAGUGAUUCGGAUAAACGCCAAAGCAUGAAGCUGUAGUAAAACAGAAUGAUGUGACCAGUGACAGUAUCGUUGUGCUUCCGUAAUAUCGAGAAAUACCAAAAGAUUUUCGACUGUGCGCGGGAAACAACUUGGAACGAUUACUCGACGAACGAAGUCGUGAUUACUCGAUCAUUCGCACGCAAAAUCGUUGCUGGAGAAGCGUCGAGGAACGUUUACACUGUGGCGUAACAACUAUACCAUGGACUUUUAAUUAAAGUAGAGACUUUAAUAAUAAAAAGAGAGGAAGAGGAGACUGUGGCAAUUUUAAAAGUUUUCCGUAAUUGAACGUUCCAGCAGGGAGCUUCGUACGAUGUUUAAAGUACAAGUUUCUUUGCUUGUUGCGUAUUAUCCAUGCUUCGUCGACAAGGAAACUCACGUCAGGAAAAGCCAUGAGGGGAUGAGCACUGGCGUAGGAGGAGAUGGAGCUGGAGGAGGCGGCGGCGUACAGGGAAGCGGCGGCGGAAGAAACACGCCGCCCCAUGGAUCGCCCACCCCCAUGGAUAAAGCGACUCUAAAGGUCCAUCUACCUAACGGUGGUUUCAACGUUGUUAAAUUCGGUGACGCGAUCGACGUGAGGGGUAUCAUCUCUUUGGUAACUAGUCGACUAGCAGUCGGGACCAGGCAUUAUAGAAACCUGUACGCCAUGAGACUGCAUCAUCCUGGAUCGGGGGAGAGCUAUUGGCUACAUCAAGACACAACCAUGUAUCAGGUACCUGUGACAUCUGUCUCUUUUAAACGAGUAUUUUUAUUAUUGUUGUUGUUGUUGUUACGAAUAGUAGAAUUGAGAAACGUUCGUUAUCGCCAGGUUCAAGAAAAAUAUGAAAAGAAACAUCCUCACUGCGAAUGGAGGUACGAAUUGAGGGUACGAUAUUUGCCGCAAAAUCUGAACGACCUGUACGAAAAGGAUAAAGUGACCUUCUUCUACUACUACGACCAGGUCCGAAACGAUUAUCUCUGCGCGAAUCACGCGGCUCUCGAUCAAGACGUGGCGGUGCAGCUAUGCUGCCUUGAGAUUCGCUACUUCUUCAAAGACAUGCCACAGAUCGCCCUCGACAAGAAGAGCAAUCUCGAGUACCUAGAAAGAGAGGUCGGCCUGCACAAGUUCUUGCCGCGAUCCGUGUUAAAUGGAAUGAAACCAAAGGCACUACGCAAGUUAAUACAACAGCACUUCAAAAAGGUUGCCGCAUUGUCUGAGCUGGAAUGUAUGUUCAAGUUCUUCGAUCUUUUACGCGCCCAUUACAGAUUCGAUCAAGAGAGAUUUAUAUGCGCUUUGGGGCCAAUGAGAAUGGCCGAGUUCUGUCAAAUACAGUCUAUACAAACACUGGUAUCAGACUGUAAGGAACACGCAAAGGCGUGUAUUAAAUUAAGAGUAGCUGGGGCGGCGGAAACGCUUAGUAUAACUUGCUCGAGCCUAGACCAAGCAGAGAGUCUGGCGGAUUUAAUCGACGGGUACUGUAGGCUAGUUACUGGAAGCAAUACCUCGUUAUGGAACAGGAAAGAUGCUCAUCCACCAAAGUAUAGACAAGAUGGUUCCAAUAGUCCAGAGAAAAACGUGAGCAAAACGGGAACUAUAUUGUCGGAGGAUUACGCGGAAAUCGUGGACGAAGAAGGAGAUUAUUCAACGCCAGCCACGAGAGACUAUGAAAUAGUUAGGAAUCAAGUGGAAUUAGGUGAAAUCAUUGGAGAGGGACAGUUCGGCAAUGUACAUAAAGGUUCGUACAAAGGACGGGACAAUCAAGUAAUACCUGUAGCAGUUAAAACUUGUAAAGUCGACGCAGAUCUUGCAACAUCGGAAAAAUUCCUCGAGGAAGCCUACAUAAUGCAACAAUUCGAGCAUCCUCAUAUCAUAAGACUAAUAGGUGUGUGUUCCGAGGCACCGAUUUGGUUAGUGAUGGAAUUAGCCAAAUUAGGGGAAAUGCGAGCUUAUCUACAGUCGAACAAACACCGUCUGGAUCUCGCCACUCUUUUACUUUAUACAUUUCAAUUGAGCACUGCCUUAUCGUAUCUUGAGAGCAAAAAAUUUGUACACAGAGAUAUUGCUGCAAGGAACGUGCUAGUCUCUGCACACAAUUCCGUAAAAUUAGCAGACUUUGGUCUUAGUAGAUGGGUGGAAGAUCAAAGUUAUUAUACUGCGAGUAGAUGUAAGUUACCGAUUAAAUGGAUGGCACCAGAGAGUGUGUGCAUGUGGGAAAUUUUAAUGUUAGGUGUAAAACCGUUUCAAGGUGUAAAAAAUAACGAAGUGAUUCGCAAAUUAGAAAACGGGGAAAGGCUUGCAUUACCGAAUCAUUGCCCUCCACGAUUAUAUUCUUUGAUGUCUCAGUGCUGGAGUUACGAACCUAGUAAACGACCGACGUUCAAAGAAAUCAGAGAAACCUUGCAGCGCAGACGAUGUACCGCCACCGAAACCUUCGAGGCAACCGCAAAACACGACGGAUCAAUCUCAGCUAACCGCCGCAGCACCAGUUUCGACAUAUAUCGUGGCGCAAAGCCCCGAGGUUCUUGCGCAACUUCUCAAGGAUAAUCAAACUAGGGGGGUAUGUCCCUCCGUCUACACAACACCGGCCUCGCCUUUCAAUACCUUAGCCGUGCAAUUUCAAGACGAAGAGCAAGUCUUAACUACCGCCUUAGUUUCAGAUCUACCCUUUUUCGAUCCAGCCAUCUCAGAACCUUCUGCCUCCCAUGAUACUCAUUCAGGAGAUUCUACUUUAUCCGACACUAAUUUAGAUUCCCUUGAUUCCUCUGACACGCCUCUCAUGUCCAGCCUUAACAUUUCAGACGCGACACAAGCUCAGUCCCCCGCUGCCAAUAGAAAGCAGCAGAAGGUUAAAGAGAUGCAAAAUUUGUACGCGGUUAGUUCAAAAGUUGUUGGUAACGUUACUGGAGACUUGUACUCUCCCGUUCAAAAAUUCACAAUGUCCAAUGCUAUCCCCGUUACAACUAGCGUAGCCACCUGUGGCGAAAUAUACGGGCCUGUCGCAAAUUUCACGCAGAGUUCUGCCAUCAUUGGCAAUCUUAGCCAGAGUCCCAGUAUAGGUGGUAAUUUCGGUGAAAAUCCUGGAAACUUUGGGCCUAGUAGCUUGAAUAGUAUCGUAGGAUUGGCUAAUCAAAAUCAAUCGAAUUUUAGCCAGUUCUCUGCUAAUAAUACGAAUCAGACGUUCGGUGUUGCUCCGGUGAGCCAAAAUUCUAGUUGUAUACAGAAUCCUGCCACUGCCGUCGUAUAUCCCCGUGUACCAAUUGUUAGUUCGACUGGUGUUGCCAUUCCCGCAUCCAAUACGGAAUGUUUGUACGGGCCGGUACUGAAAUUCCGAGCGCAAAACAUCCAGAACCAAAACGUCUCCGACUUGAAACCCGUGAACGUAUCGGUUGGAUCUGCCAUGCCAAAUGCGAGAAGCAAUUUAGCGCACACUUCGGCUCCAGGACAAAAUCUACAGCCGAUGCACGCUCAGAACUAUCAACAAAUCUAUUCGAACAUUAGCCAUCCAGGGACGCAACCAAUGUAUAUGUCACAGUCACAGAAUGUGCAAAACAUCCAAAAACAGAAUCCCAUUCAUCAACCUGUUUCUUACAUCCCGGCGCAAUAUACGAAUCAGCAAAAUCAAGCGACUGGUGCUAACCCAAUUUACACGGCGCAAGCGGCUUCAGUUACGGUGGUGCAAGCUCAGAAGAUUCAGGCCCCCGUAUACGUGCAGCAAAUUCAAGCUGGAAUUGCGAGUCACGUACCGUGCUCUCAAGCGAUGAACGUGAAUCAGCAAUUGUCUUUUGAAAUAGCACAAAGUCAUCCCGUUCAACUGCAUUUCGCCACAUCAGGUGGCUCGGUUCAACCAACUAACCAACAGCACGUUCAUCAUCCAAGCAUAUCUAACAUUGUAAUGGGGCAACAGUCGACUUCUGUUACCACUGCGCAGCAUGUUCCAACUCAAGGCAAUGUAACAAAUCUGCCAGUAACUACAACGAACGUAACGCAAUAUUUACCAGUGAUGCAGACGGGAAUCAUAAGAUCAAAUGCUCCUCAGAUGGCAACCGGUGUUGCGAAAAUUACAACAUUCAUAAACCAAAAGCAAGAUGAACAACUGACAAGCUCGACGGAUGGUACGCUCUCUGGAUCACUGAUAUCAUCCGCUAGAACCAUACAAUCGCAGAUAUUCGACAGCAUUACAGAAAAUUUCAACAGUGGAAUUGACGACGAACAGAAACUGCUGGAACAACGGCUUUUGGAACAGCAACGCCAAUCCGAAGAAGAUAGCCGUUGGUUGGCAAGGGAAGAGAAACGCUUAUCCAUUGCAACGAGUGGCGACGAAAGCGCGAGUCCUCCAGUUCCCCGUUCAGUUACACAGUCACCAAAUCAUGAACAGCACAGUGCUAAUACUGGUUCUAUAGGCUCCGAUAAAAGUACCGAAAAAAUAAUCGUUGUGAAGAAAAUGGAACCUACACCAACCGCUGAUCUGGAUAGAACGAACGACAAGGUAUACGACUGUACCACCAGCGUUGUUCGUGCUGUGAUGUCUCUGUCUCAAGGUGUUCAACAAAGCAAAGCUGACCAAUAUUUGGAAUUAGUGCGUAAAGUGGGUAUUGAGUUGAGAGCGUUACUUUCAUCUGUAGAUGCUCUAAUGGACAUAUUGCCCAUAUCUGCUCAUCGAGAAGUAGAAAUGGCACAUAAAGUUCUUAGUAAGGAUAUGGCAGAACUUGUAACUGCCAUGAAGCAAGCUCAAAAAUACAGUGCUACUACUUUGGAUGCAGAAUACCGAAAAGGAAUGCUGUCAGCAGCCCAUAUUUUAGCAAUGGAUGCAAAAAAUCUUUUAGAUGUAAUCGACUCGAUACGUAUUCGAUAUCCAUAUGUAGAUAGCCAAAUUUGUCAAAAGCAAAAUCAUAUUAAUACUUCGCAAGAAUCGAUACCAGAAAGUCGUAUUCGUUCCAGUCAAUCUGGAGAACAAUUCCUAAGGAGAAGUCAAUCGAGUGAACGUCAAGGUACAACAUUCAGACAGAGUCAAAGCGGUGAUCUUUUACAUAGAAUGGGUCAAUCCGUUGAUCGUUCAUUGCAGGGUAGCCAAACUGAUGUUAGUAGUGGCUCUAGUUUAGAAAGAAGGCAUCAUAUCGUCACUAACAGUCUUGAACGUAAUUCAACAACAAGAAGACAAAUGACCACAAAUAGUUUAGAAAGAAAAAGACCAUCGUUAUCUUGUAAUAUCAGUCCUAUGAAUAAUUCGGUUAAUCUGCCACCAAUGGUUCCAGUUACCUGUAAUUUAGUCCAAACAGUUGGACCUGUCAUUCAUCCCAGUCAAACAGUUACAACAGGUAUUAAUCAACAAUCAGUGUUUGCAUCUAAUAAUAAAACGACAAAUGAAAGUGUAACAACUGAUAGCUAACAACGAGGUGCCUUGCAUUGAGGUAAAAUUGUUUAUUCCAUUAUGUGUAAUUAACAUAAAAUUUUUCAUUCCAUUUGUUUCACUACAUUUAUAUUUAUUAAUUUUAGGAAAACUUCGAAGAAAUUGUAUGUACAUAGACCACAUCGUACAAGUUACCCAUUUAUAUCUUAUGCAUAACUCAGCAGCUGGAGAUUUAGUAUUUAUGCUUUAUAGCUCUUUUUAAUAUUUAACAAACUUUGUCUAAAUGUACUUAUAGAUAGGACAGUAUUCGUUAGAUGUAAUGGUAGAAUUAUUACUAAAAGGUGUAAGUCACAGCUAUACAGAAAUCACUCCAAAGCUUUAG